UUUGGCUUCUUAAAUCAGGAGCAAAAGAUUCGUUCCGGAUGUCAAAUUCGUCUGCAGUAUAGGUGUGGGAUGCUAUGUCCGCGUUGUUCGAAAUGGAAGAUUCUGGUCAUAGCUAAUGUAUAUUGUGUACCUGAACCUUUGAAUUGGACGCAACUAGUACGUGUGCUUGAGUUCUGAUACGGUCAAGUUCUUCUGCAUUUACUGCAUGGUCUGUACGUGGAUUGCAGUCCUCAGUGGAAUAGGAUUUAAAUUGCCGGAAAAUCAAGUGAGGCUACCUGUGGCUGAUCCAUUUCAUGUGCCGAGUUUUUCUAGAACAGAUGAUGACGCAGUAAUUCUGUUUUUCCACCAGUGCUCCCGGGGUUAAACAUGAAGCCCUUUCCUGACGGAAGUCCAUGUAGGAGAUCUUCUGUCCACCGAUAACCCUCAGUUGCGUUGCCUGUGCACAAACUACCAACAGAGCAAUGUCUUCGAAUUCUCCCACUUGCAUUUUAAGCAGUGCGCCUUGCAUCCAAGAACCGCAGGGAGUAUCAACAAUUUCGUCGGAGGUGGAAAGCAACUCUGCUUUCUUCUGCGAAAAGUGUCUGUACUUGCAAGAUCAAAGUACCCCUCCGGUUGUCAGUCACAACCGCUGCUGUCUGGUGACAGGAAUCCUUCCUGCCAUAACCCGAUCCCAUGAUGGAGAUAAUGGAGAAUCAUGUCGAGCCGAAUCCCAGCGGUCGCAACAAAAUACCAACCCAUCGUCGCUUCCAAGCAAGUCCACAAAAUCUAACAAAACUUGUGGUUGGAAGACUUCGAAGUUUUUCAGCAAGACCAUGUCUUCCGGUGAGAUUUUACGAGGCUUAAAGAAAUUGUCUUUAACGUCAUCGGGCUCCAGCUCGGAUCCAGGUGAGCCUGAACCUGGAAAACCGAGGAAAUCGAAAUCUGGGCAGCUAAAGAAGAGAUCGUCUUGUGGGAACGACGAUGUUGGGUCUGUAGAGGAUGAUAAUAAGGCCAGAAGUCCUCGUAGUCCUGGAGGGUUUCGGCCAUUGAGCAAGACCAUGUCCCUUUCUGAACCGGGUACUACAAAAACAAGCAACUUGGGAAUAGUCUGCAAAAAGGAGGAUCUGAAGGCCAUUCUUUGUACAGCCACCAACAAGAAGUUGCCUUUAGCUUCUCCAACCAAACGGCGUCGAGGGCAGACUCCUUUGAGGCAAACCAAAUCCGCUUCCUUUGAUCCCCCUGAAGACAAGCAACGGAAGAAGGACCCUAUUCGAAGGGCUGGUAGUGAAGAAUCACGCACCAAGAGGAGCCAUCAGUCGUUCGACAACAACGAAGUGCAGCCACAGAACGAAAAUGUUCCUCAGCAGACGAAGUCGCAAAUGACAUCAAACGUUCUGGUGGUGGACAAUCUCAAUGCGCAGAACAACCACCUCAACUCGAUGCUGACCGUGGAGGAGCAACCUUCUUCUCUGCCUGAGAGACUGAGCGAGGGGAGUCUAUCUGCAGUGAAGUGGGACGAAUGUGAAGUCGUCGAUGCUGUGAUCAUAGGAGACGCUAUCGAAUCCUUUCUCAAAGGAUCCAUGUCUGGAUCAGAGAAAAAAGUGUCUUUCAGGAGAAAUUCUGAUAAAAGAGCCAAAUCUGACGGGUGAUGCUUUUGUUAAGAUUUCGUACAUUUAUUUUUUAGCUUUAUAUUGCGUUGUUUGUGGUCUGUAAAUUAAGUCUUAUUUUUCAACUGUAGGCCUAAUCCAAACCCAUCUGCAUCUAUAAACAGUUCAUAGAUAAAUUCAAGAAAGAAAUAAAUAAGAAUUAGAAAAAAAAGGAACUAAUAAUUAAAAUUAUGUUUCAUAAAUGUCAAAUAAAUGUAAAAUAAAAAAGCAAACAAAAGGUAACAAUAAAGAACACAUUAUAAAGAAGUUUGAAGCGUAUAUUCUGAAUUGGUUUUAAACUAAGUUAAAAAAUAAAUAAAUAAUUGUAGGAAUAAAGUAUCGUAACUUCAAAAACAAAAUAUCUCCCUCCCCCACUUUGAAUUGUGUAAUAUGCUCGUGUGUGUUAAAUUCUGCCAAAUAGGAGUAUCAAUUUUGAAGCGUAAAUAGUUGAAAUUUUCAGAGAUGUUGGUUUUACGAUUUAAAUGCUAAUCUGACUGCGAAAUUCAUAUUGUUGAUGUUCAGGUAUUAGCUGACUCUCACUAUAAGUUAAAUAUUAUUUUUAAUAUUUUUCUUAGUUGUG